UCAAAAUGAACCCUUUCUCGGAGAUCUGAUCGCUCUCGCGCCAAAUUCCUCCACUCCUCAUCUCCUCCAGAAAUCCCAAACUCUCCAACCCUCGUUUGAAAACGGUACCGUUUCACGGAAGAUGGACUUGGAAGGCUUAUCGGUAAUAUGCUGUGAUCUGGGGAUUGCAGAAGAAGAUGACAAUGGCAACCGGAUCGGCUACUCCAAGGGCAAGUACUGCUUAGAUAAUCUGAAAGAUUUGCUAAGGUUUUUGAGGCGUGAUGACCCGCAGAAUCGGGAUGUUUUUAAGCAAGUCUGUAAAUGGAAUAUUGUAGAUCAGCAUUUGGUACCUAUCAUUGAACACUGCCAAGCUGAUACCAACUUGGUUUUGAAUGCAGUGAAGGUUCUGGUGUUCCUAACUAUGCCAGUUGAGCCUUCGUCGAAUGAUGUUUUGCAACAGAUAGAGUUUCUGUGGAAGUUGAAGUCUUCGAUUACAUCUAGUGAUACUGUUGCAGUUAUAGUAUCACUUCUGGAAAGCCCACUGGAAAAUUUGGAACGUGAUGCAUUCACGGAGGAUGACUGGAAACUGGUGCAGCUGGUACUUACUUUAUUCCGAAACAUCUUAGCUGUUCAAGAAAUUUCACAGCAGCAGAAGGCUGGAGGAAUGGCCAUUCAAUUUGUAUCUCUCAGAGAUAGAUUUCUAGAACUUUUAUUUCAUGAGAACGUGAUGGACAUAGUUUUAGUCAUAACCCAGCAUAUUGGUGAUUCCCGUUGCUAUCUCUGUCAUGAUAACUUGCUUUUAUUGGAAAUUUUCCAUUACAUAUUCAUGGGUCAAGAACCAGAAUUGAUUGCAAACGCAUAUUCAAAGGGUCCUAAGGUGGAUGGAAACACCGCUAUUUCUCUAAAUAGUCUCAAGUCCAUAAUGGAGGAAGAAGAAGAAGAGAAAAAAAGACUUUCUAGACUACGUAACAUGAGUCGCCAUUCACAUUUUAGUGGAACAUUUACCCAGCUCACCAUGGAUGGUUCUGUGGCAGUUUUGAAGGGAAGGCCUACUUCUACCUCUUGUAAAACCAUGCUUAAACCACAUAAUCCCCGGGGUCCAGUAAAAAAAAUUGCUUGGGAUCAUGGGACAUUGCCUUCAACAAAGGAUAAGAUUUUAGAAUUGCUCCAUGAUUUUGUAAACCAGUUUUUAUCAGGGGGUUACAAUGUUCUGAUGCAGUCAAUUCGUGAGAAUAUUGAAAAGGAACACCCCUCAAUUCAGAAGAGUGAUGUUGUUGUCUUCUUUCAAGUUGCUCAGUUUGCUAUUUCUUUCCAGUAUCACAAGUCUUCAAUUUCUAAGCCAAGCAUGGGCACAGAAGCAGAUCCAACUGAAGCUCCCACUGAUAAAGAUGCUGAUAGCACAUUCUUCAAAGGUGAUGUUUGUGGACCCAUUGCAGCAUCAGUGAACGAAUCUAUGUUUCAACUAGUCAUUUCAAAGUGGCGUUAUGCAUAUGAUAGCUUGAAGGAAACACAUGACUACAAGUUUUUGUCUGCAGCUGGUUCUCUUAUGAAAAAUAUGAUUCGCAUGCUAGAUUUGGUGCUUAAGUUAUUGCCGGCAGAUUCCAAGGAGCCUCAAACAGCUCGCAUACUUCUCUACAAAUUAUUUUAUGAUCAGACUGAUGAGGGAAUGACUCACUUCCUCAUAAAUUUACUCAAAUCAUUUGACACUUACAAACAACCCAGAAGUGAUCUUGCAGAUUUGAUAGAGAUGGUUUAUAAAGUUUUACGGCUCAUGGAAAACCUUCAAGCAGGCGGAACCUUGAGGGUUUCUAAAAAAUCUAGGAAAGUGAGGAAGAAGAAAGCACCGAUCGAGAAGGAAACAGAAAAUAAACUCUUAGAAGAACAUGCUACCAUUCAAAAAGAGAUUGGCAUCUCCAAUGAAGAGCAAUCAACAGAUGUGAAUGUGACAGAGAACAGAAGCCUAAACACAAUUUCUGAUGGGAAAGAAGACACCAUUAUCCCUGAUCAGCCUGAUGAAUGCAAAAUAUCUUUGUUGGAGACAGAAAAAAUUGAAAGUCUGGCACAGAUCGAUCGCAGAGAUUCUGACCAUGUCAAUGGCGAUCUUGGUUAUGGCACAGGCGAUUCUUCUGCUGAUGAGCAGGUAGCUGCAACUGAUGAAGUUGAUUUUAAGGUGUCAACUUUGAUUUCUGCUUUUGCAAGCCACAGCAUCAUCCAGAAGUUGUGUUGGUUGCUUAAGUUUUAUAAGACUAACUCAACCAGUACAAAUCACUACAUAGUUAGCAUGCCAAAGAUCAGUGAUGACCUGGGGCUCUCUCCGAUGUUGUAUCAGUUAUCACUCCUCACUACAUUCUAUGACAUUCUAGCUGAGCAGAAGUCAUGUCCAUGCAAGGCGUUUGAAAAUAUUGUCGAUUUUUUGAAAAGUUUGGUCAGAAAAAUGCUUAAAAAAAUGAAAAAUCAACCCCUUCUUUUUGUGGAAGUUCUCUUCUGGAAAACUCGCAAAGAAUGCCAUUACAUUAAUGCUGAGUAUUUAUUGCAAGAGCUUGGCCAUUUGAAGAAAGAAACUAGAAACUGGGCAAACAGUUUAGGGGAUGACGAAAUUGGUCAGUCACUGGACAAAGGAUGGACAAGUAGAAGCAUAGCAGAUGCACUUGGUGAAGAUGAAGCUGACGUCGUUCUCCCUCAUGACCUUGGAUAUGAGAAUGAUGGAGAAAAUUCUGACAAAGCGAAGGGAGGUACUGCAUCUAUUUCAGAUAAUGAGAUUGAUGGGCAAGCUAAUUAUGACAAUGAGGGAAAGUCCAUAGAGAAUGAAACUGAGAGGGUUUCUAUUAAAAACAAGCGACUUGUUAUUGGAGCUGAACUGGAGAUGAAAAUUAAGGAUCUGUAUGAGAAAUUCAAGGAUGACCAGAAUUGUAGUCAUCUUAUUGCGGAAGCUCUUGAUCCUGAUGGUAAAGUUUCAUCAGCUCAAAUUUCCAACAAGCUUAAACAGCUAGGGCUGACAGUUGCACGAAGGAAAAGAAUUCGGAAAGCUCAGGAAUCUGUUUCCACUGGGCCUAGUCAAAUUGGUGGAGAUGGAAGAGUAGAGGAAGCAGUUAACACUCAUUCUGAAUCAAAAAGCCAGCCUUUGCUAGCAAGAAAAAGGGUCCGUGCCCUCAGUGAAGAUCAGGAAGCUAAUAUCAGAGCUUUGUAUGAGCAAUUUAAAGACCAUAAGAAGUGCAGCCAUAUGAUCGCAAAUGCGAUGGAUGGAGAUGGGAAAUUCACAGCUCCUCAAGUUUCUCGUAAGCUUAAGCAGCUUGGUUUGCAUAUUCCUCGGAAGAAGAGGCCUUCAGGUGGCAUGCUGAAGGAUGAGGAUCAUAGCGACUCUAAUGCAAACAAAAUGCACGACUCAGAUGAUGAAACGUUGUUUUCAUUAAUGAAAAGGGGCAAAAAGGAUGGUAGCAAGGAGUUGCUAGAACAGACUGCGGGACGAGAAGCGUUGGAAGAUGAUUCUGAUGAUGAAAUCCUAAGCUCUGUUCUCAAGAAAACUAGGCGAUCCCUUUCCAAGUCCAUGGAUCAAAAUUCCGAAUCCAUCUCGAUUCAGGGAACAGAAAGCGGCAGUGUUUUGGAAAAUGAAGUUGACGUAGGUGCUGCUGCCAAACGUGCUAGUCUGAAUGGCACAGAACAAGCUGAAGUCACAGGCACCAUCAGUGGUAAUGCAUUAGAUGUUGGACCUGUGAAAAAUUUGGAGGAUUUGCUACGUCAGGACAUGGACACUGAUUUGGCAGAAUCGGAGGAUGAAGUAGGUACAUUGCCAGUGAGUGGUGUAAGCAGAAGGAGGUCAAGGAUGGUACUUGAUGAUGAAGAUGAUGACUGAGAUUGCAGCACGAUCAGGUUUCACCGUGCUGGAGUGUCGAAGGACGGUUUAGUUUCCGACUCAGCUGGAGUUGUUAUACCAUUAUCCAUUGUAGCAUGCAUGUCAGAGAUUUACGUAUAGUUACGGCAGCAUGAUCAGGUUUCACCGUGCUGAGUACAGAAGUGGUGAAAUCAUCCAUUUUUCUUAAACCUGCAGUAGAAUUUGGAUUAGUGAUAUGUGUGUACAUUGUGUAAGGGACUCCUGUGGACAGGAAAGGUCACCUCCGAACUGUUGGACCUUAGAUGCAGCGUGGGUCAUCAUCCUACAAAUGGUGGUCCCACAAUUGCCCCCGACUAUCGAUUUCCGGAUUGUAGAGGUUGAACUGAUGAAGAUUUUGGAGCAGUUCUAUCGCAUUAUAUACCAACGUUCAUCCC